AUGGUUAAUCCGCGCGUGUUUACUGGUCUCGAUGAGGUACCUUUUGAUACUGCAACCAAUGCCAUCGCGAGAUAUCGCGCAGGGCGCAAGAGUUCACUCACUUCGCGUCGGGAGUACUACCGUGCUGUCGAUGAUCGUCCUGAAGCAUACGAAUCUAUUCUUCUUGGCCCCGGCGAGAACAAAAUCGACGUCGAGGUCGAUACUCGCAUGCCAUCUGCCAGCAUCUUCACCUUCCACAAGGAGGACCACACCCUCGGCAAUCUCCUUUGCUCUCGCCUCCACAAGCAUGAAAAUGUCAUCUUCUCCGCUUACCGAGUUGCCCACCCUCUGACUCCAAACAUCGAGCUCCGCGUGCAGACUGAUGGCCAGAUCACCCCUCGUGCAGCUGUCAUCCAGGUUUGCAACAAGCUGAUUAAGGAGCUUGGUCAACUUUCCCGCGAAUUCACCAAAGAGUAUGAACUUCGCAAGAUGGCCAAUGCCGCCAACCAGCAGCAAACCGAGUAA